AUGCCGCCGAAGAUUAGCGUAAACAAGAGGAAUAUACCGAAACCCAUGGCCACCGAUAGCUCCAGAAGUGAUAAACAAACACAACAGUACGUAUUGUCCGUCAAAGCCGUGGAUCAGCUCUUGGAUGUCUUAACCACUUAUACUCAGCCCUCGGUGGACAUGGAGGACGACUUGAAGAGCCACUACGACUGCAUUAUCACCGGCACUGGACUGACGCAGUCGGUGGUGGGGGCGGCGUUGGCCAGAGUCGGCAAAAGUGUGUUUCAUUGCGACCAAAACCACUUCUACUCACAGGAGUGGCAGUCCAUGAACUUCACGCACGCCGUCAACUGGUGUCACACCACACAUACCGGUGCCGCCAUCGACGGCGAAUCGGGUGCCAGCGCUCGCCAUCAACCCCUACCCGCGUCCACACACCCGGACCUACGACUGCUCAGGGAUCGGGAGCUGUACCGCAACUGCCGAAGAGGUGAUGUCGUGUCAAACGUGUGCCAAAUAUCCUAUUUAUGCGAUGAGGACGCGCCGGACGUCACCCCAACAGCUCCUGUCGCUCCCGAAGAGGUCGAUGUCGGGCCAGUGGUGGCAGAGGUGGCGCUCGACGUAGCGGUGGGUGAGGUCGCGGCCGCCGCCGCCCAACCAGACGGUGAUAAUGAGGCGCCGAUGGAGACGACCUCCGAUGACGAUAGGCCUCAGAGUUGGUCGCUCUUGAGGUUCAACCUCGAGAGCCGGCGAUUCAAUUUGGAUCUAACGCCACGACUGCUCUACAGUCGCGGCUCAAUGGUAGACCUCCUGGUGUCGUCCAAUAUCUCGAGAUAUGCCGAGUUUAAGGCGAUUACACGCAUACUGACCACCAUUGACGGCCAGAUAGUGGAGGUGCCGGUCAGUCGCGGCGAUAUCUUCAACAAUAAGGACGUGUCGGUGAUCGACAAGAGAAUGCUUAUGAAGUUUAUGACAUUCUGUAGCGAAUACGACAGACAUUACGCCGACUACGAGAGUAUACGAACACUGGAGGUCCGAUGGAAAGCC